UUGGAUGAAAUGGUGGUAUUUUGUUUGUAAAAGGUAGGUUAUGGAUGCUAUGGGCAAUGAGAAGCAAUUCUCUCCCAAAAGAGAAAAAUUAAGAGCUAAUGAAGAUUCACAUGCAAAUGGUUGAUAGGUUUAUUGUAAGCUUGACUGUUUGUGCAGUCCCAUUAUGUGCCCAAAACUAAUUAGGACAUGACACAGAUACGGACAAAUCAAGCUUAUAACUAGACAUGGUAUAUGCAUGUAUACAUGAAGUCGUGUUGUUUUCUGGGUAUUUAGUUGGCCUAAUUUCAGUUUUGACUCCAUAUAAAUUGUGACCUUAUUUUAUUUGGCCUAACAUAAGUUGUGCCCUAAAACAGAUGGCAAGAAUAACAAAACGUGAACGAAGAAAGAAGGUAAACUGUGAGGCAUUGUUAGCACUUCUAUGUGUCAUGAGAAUAGUCAAUAAUGUUUUGAGCCUGUAUAUUGUAAUUACGGACUUGAUUGGCAAAAGGGUUCGACAAAGGCCUCGUUUGCAUCUGAAUCCUAAUGUCUACCAACACCAAAUAGAUGCACUUAAUAGGUUGGUACGCGGGAGUGACACAGAUUGUCACAAUCAAUUGAGGGUAAAUAGGUAUACCUUCAUGACUUUGUGUCAUUUACUUGAGCAAAAUGGACUAGAGGAGUCUAGGAAUGUCACUCUUGUGGAGAGAGUUUCGAUAUUUUUGUGGAUUCUUUCGCACCAUACAAAAAAUAGGCGUACGACUUUCCAAUUUUGGAGAUCGGGGGAAACAAUUAGUAGGCAUUUCAUCGUUGUUUUGCUGGUGGUGUUGCACCUUCACAAUGUCUUGUGGCAUCAUCCAGAAGCUAUUCCUGCUAAUGAGCCGGAUGUUAGGUGGAAAUGGUUUGAGAAUUGUCUAGGGGCUUUAGACGGUACCUUCAUACCUUUCCUCCCCCCAAUCGAAAUGAAGGCACGCUUCAGGUCAAGGAAGGGUGACUACGCGACAAAUGUGUUAGGAGUUUGUAGUCGAAACUUACAAUUCAUAUAUGCGUUGUCUGGUUGGGAAGGCUCCGCCACAGACUCAAGAGUGCUUCGAAAUGCCUUAGUGAGGCGUUACGGGUUGAAAAUUCCAUAGGGUAUGUCACUUUACCUCCUUUCCAUUAGUCAACAUACGUUCACAUUUGUGUAAACGUA